AUGGAAGAUCAAUGUCUCCAUGCGAAAUCACGGCCCUCGGUGCAGAUGCAGGUCCUCUGGGCCCGGGAGCAGGAUGAAGGGUGGAGAAGUGCAGCAUAUACAUCGCUUGUAUACCCUAAACCGACUUUGCCAACAAAUUUCCCACCCAACCCCAAAGAUAACACAGAUACUUCGGGCCCUGUACGGUCGUGCAUGUCAGACGGAUUCCUCCAACAAUACCAGAACCUUGUCCGUGAUCCAGGCCGUGCCGGUACGGACUAUCCAGUCCUGCAGACAGAGUGUCCGGUCCUGCAGACGGAGUCUGUGGAGGCGAAUAUCACCAACCUCCUUCUCGAGAGGCCCACCAGCAGCACCCACAGGCCCCAUCCGCAGCAGGUUCCAUGCAUGCCUGCGCGCGAAUCUGUACAUAGAUCCGGCGGCCUCACUGCUCGCCUGCGCUUUCCCGGACUACACGUAGAACAACUUGUCCGACCGUUUGUAUCCUCCUCUCCCAAGGACAUCUUCGGAGGAGGACUGAGUCCAUUCCCCACCGCUUCUCCACCGACGAGCGUGGUGAUCGCCCAUUAG